AUUAACCAACUGAAGAAGACAACAACGGAGAGACAAGAGGAAGAAAAUGACAGGGCGCGCAAAAAGAAAACCCAGAUCAGUUCAGGAGUCAGGCUCAGCCAAUGGAGAGGCGAAGAAAGCCCGAACCGGGGAAGCUAAAGCUGGGACAUUGUCACAAGUGAAUUCAGAGCAACGUGAUGAGAUGGAACAACUGUACGGUUUCCAAAUGCCAGAAGAUCUGUACCACUUCUGGGAUUUCUGCAAGGAGCUUUGCCCUGAUAACCCACGUGGUGCUCUGAAAGACACACUGGGUUUGCAGCUGGUUGGACCUUUUGAUGUUCUGGCCGGAGCUCACAGAAACGCCAAGAAUCCUCAGCCCAACUUCCACCUUCACUGGAGGUAUUUUUAUGACCCUCCAGAGUUUCAGACUAUACUUCGGGGGAGUGAGGACAGCAAGCAUCACAUGGGCUACUACAGAGAUACUCCAGACUCCUUGCCUUCGUUUGUUGGGGAGAAUGAAGCUAAGAAGGGCUGCACUAUAACACAGAUGGGGGAUAACAUAUUUGCUGCUGCUCGGCUGUAUCUGCUGAGGAAGAGGAAAGAGAGGGGCGGUAAAAAAUCUGAGGGCGAGGCUUCGGAAAGCUUGGAGGCAAAGCUAAGGAACAAGGCAGAGACUCUAGGAUUUUCUUUAGAACAGAAGACCAAAGGCAUGAAGGAGAGAGACAAGAAGGUGGUCACCAAGACUUUCCACGGCGCCGGCAUCGUUGUGCCUGUAGACAAAAAUGAUGUAGGAUAUAGAGAACUACCAGAGACGGAUGCUGGUCUCAAAAAGAUCUGCAAAGCCAUUGCAGAAGCAAAGAGUGAUGAGGAUCGUGUCAAAGCCUUUGGACCGGUCCAGGAGAUGGUCACUUUUGUUCAGUUUGCCAAUGACGAGUGCGACUAUGGAAUGGGUUAUGAGCUUGGAAUAGACCUCUUCUCUUAUGGAUCUCAUUACUUCCACAAGGUAAUCAAGCAGCUCCUGCCCAUGGCCUACAGCUUGCUGAAAAGGAAUUUGUUUGGUGGAAUUUUGGAGGCCCACCUCUCCAGCCGCAGCCAUGACAAGCUGGACCAACUCUCUGCACAUUAAAAAAAAAAGAACAAAACAGAAUUGAUUCCUAACAGAGUCUGUUCUGGCUCUUGAAAGUUUUCCCAACAUGUCCUUUUCUGUUGUUUGUCAUAGUUAAUGUUUUUGGUGCUGCUGUCUGAUGGAAACCAGUUCCGUGAAGUCUCCUUGUAAAAGUUAAUGUCAAAUAAACAUUUUUUUAUAUAUUUUUA